AUGGACAAAAGCCGUAACACCCAUGCUCUAGGCAUCACAAUGGACCAGAGAAGAAUCCACAGCCAGAAGGUUUCCCAAAUAAAUGACCUGAUGAAUGUACUCCAGAACAACAGAAAGGCAAUGAGGGAGUUUAUCAGCAUUGCUUCAUUUUAUAUCCCUGAGCUAAAAGCUCCUCAACAAAGACCAAAAUUCGUGAAAACUAAGAAGCUCUUAAAACGGGGCAAAAUUUCGAAGACAAUUUCGAGAACGAGGAACCGCUCAAGGAUGCAUAAGAAGCCUCUCAAGACUCCUCUGAUUAACCAACGUGCAAAUCUCAACAAGAGUCUUGAGAAGAGCACCAGACCGAUAUAAUGAUCAAGGAUGAAAUGGCAGAUGAUAAUUUCACCAAGGCGAGCGCUAUUGGCAAGCAGUUUCACUCCAAAAGCUACAGGCUAGGUGUCCUUAACCGCAGAAAGCCUGAACUGGAGUUCUCCAGUCAAGAGAUCAAAGAUAUCAUCAACAGGACGAGAUUCAAGAACAAAGAGACCCCUGAGGAACAAAAAUAGGUUCAAAGAAAGAGUCAAGGAAUUUCAUGAAUUCGAAAAGAGAGUUCCAAAGCUAAACUCUUACGAAAAAUCUAAAAUAAGGGAACAAAUCAAGCGAAGAAAGGUACUAAGACUCUGGAAUGAGGAGAAAGAGAAGCAGAAACAGCAGGAAGACCAGAAAGUCACCUACAAUGACAUCAAGGCGCUGGAUAACCUCUUCCAUAAUAGGGAGAAAUAUGGCAAAGAAACAGCCAUCAUCGAGUUCUCUGACAGCCAAGGUGAGGGCGAAGAUGUCGAUGAUGAGCUUGAUGAUGAGCUUGAUGAUGAAAUUGAUGACCUUGAAAUCGCAAAUUAUGAGAUCACACUCAAGAAAACCAGAAGCCAAUUGGUUGGCCAGUAUUACUCCUCAGCAUUAUUGGGCAGAAAAAUAUAGC